UGCACUUUGGCUCUGGGAGCGACAAGUCAACACAUCGCUCCUAUAUAAACAGGUUGGGCCAGUGGAGCCUCUUACUCUGUUUUCUUCACCUCAGUCAUUUCUGGAGAGGAAUAUAACACGAGUGACACCAUGAAUAAGCUGCUGGUCAUUACUGUGCUGGUUGCGCUCCUCACUCUCGGCGCUGACAGCUUCCGCAUAACGAGGCAGGCUGAGGAGGAGCAGGGGACCAUCUCCAAGAUCACAGGUACCUUCAGGUCCUACUACGACAGCGCCGUCAACACUGCCACUGAAUACAUAGAAAGCAUCAAGGGCCUGAAGCUGGAGGAGAAGGCAAAGAAUCUUUACGCUGACACCACCGAAGUGGCGAGCACCUACGCUGGCAUUGUGCAGGACCAGCUUUACCACAUCUUUUACUCCCAGUAAUAUAGAGGACAACUGAUUUCCAAUUACCUUAGAAUAAGAACUUUCACUCUCAGCAUUCUGAACUUAUCUCACAUCAGUAAAGCCUCAAAACCUUAAACAGCAUCAGAAAUAUUGGACCCUGGUGCUAUUUGUGGUAAUUUUUUCACAGCCAGUGCAGUGGUGGUAAAUGAUAACCACCCAGUGGGAGCUAUAAUCCUUUCAACACAGAGGAACUGGACAGAGCAAAGAAGGAAGCACACAGCACCUCACCAUGUACCAUCAAAUGUGUCCAUGGGUCUUGGAAUUGCAAAAGCCAGGAAAAUUAACAAUCUAUUGCCACCUACUGGUGUUUUCAACUCAUCGUAGCUGACUCCAACAGUCAGCCCACCUCUAAAUAAUUUUGAUAAGUUUGUGUCAUAUCUUGAAAUAAAGUAUUUAUACAAAAAAA